AAUAUUGUCAGUCAAAAUUCAAACCCCCACCAACUCCCCUUCUCUCUCUCUCUCUCUUUUUCUGAGUCCUUCCCUUUUCCCUUUUUGUCCUAUUUUCUUCUUCGAUUUUGGUUUAGAGUCCAUUACUUUGAUCACAAGACAUGGAAAAAGCUCUGAAACUCAAAGAGAAGCAAAGCCAGGGCCAAGCCAUGCAAAUAUCGAAGCAACAACGACAAGAACCAGAAGACCAGAUCAAGCUUGCUGUCGCUGCCAUCACCCUCAAUGCACGGUUGAGAUCAUCCGACAUGCCUGCCCACAUGCAAAACCACGCUCUCCGCCACACCAGAUCACUCCUCGACUCACCACCACCACCACCAAACCCCAAAACUCGUCUCAACCCAACACACCUCGCUCGAGCUCUCAAAAAGGAGUUUGACUCGGUGUAUGGACCGGCGUGGCACUGCGUGGUGGGGACGAGUUUUGGAUCGUUCGUGACUCACUCAACCGGCGGGUUCGUGUAUUUCUCUGUCGACGAAUCGCUGUCGGUGCUUCUCUUCAAAACGGAGGUCCAGUUGGUGACGGAACCACGACCACCACAACCAGCUAAGCCUUCAACUUUGAGUCCUUGUUGAGAAUUUUGUGUUGACGCGUGACAGACGUGUUCAUUGUGAUUACUCUCCUUCUUUGACUAGCAUGCACCAUAAAAUAUUCCAUUUCUUUUUUUUUCUUCUCUUUUUCUUUAAAACAAACAAACAUGUACGUAUGUGGUCAUGACCUUUGAGCUUUUAUACAAUUACAAGUAAAGAAAGGUGGUCAACCGUUGGCUGUCCUUUUUUUCAACUUUAAUUGCUCAUUUUGGGGUCUUUCUUAGGAUAUAAAGUUUUGAUUUUUCUGUAAGGGGCUUGUAAGUCAGUUGGUUCGAUUUUGAAUUCGUCAUCCCUCAAUAUCGCUUGUAUAUAAUAACAAAAAAAAAAUUUUGAUUUUUA